AUGAAAUUUCUCCACCUAACCGCCGUUUGUGGUAUUCUUCUACAAUGCCAUGCUCUGGGAUUGCGCGGACUUGAAUCAGUGUUUGAAAAACGACAGAGCAUUGCCCCGGGAUCACCUCUCUAUGAAUGCCAUUCCAACUGUGGAAACGUAAUUGUGCUCUCGCGCACCAAUAACUACUGCUCAAACUCCACUUUCAUCGCGGACUUGGACGCCUGCCUCAAAUGCGCUCUUACGGAAGAUAUAUGGCAGGAUUACGGCAACCACGUUGCGGCAGCUGCUAAAGCCUGCGGCGAUGAUGCUACGCCUAGUCCAUCGUCAGCAACAGGUGCUGCGUCGGCGACUGUGACUGGAUCUGUAGUUUUGACUACUCAAGCUGCUGCCACUACUACUCAAGCUGCUGUCACGGCUACUCAAGGUACUGUCACGGCUCCUGCUGCUACGCGUUCAUCUUCAGCUGUAUCUACCCCUACGCCUGGAAGAAACUCGACUGCACCGUCGUCGUCUACAUCUUCUCCAGCAAGUCCUGUACACACUGGGGCUGCUUUGGCUAUUAACAGUGAUUACAAGUGGUCUAUCGUGAUGACUAUUGCCGUUUUGACGGUGUGUCACGCCUUUAUAUAA